AUGGACCCCACCAUCGUUCGCGAGCUGUCGCGGCUCGACCCCGCGAUUCCUUUCCGCGCAACUCCCGAUCAUCUCCAUCAUACUUGGGCUAAGACGUUCUUUUCGCGACCGGAGCUAUACGUACAACCAGAGUCGAUCGCGGAGAUCCAGAAGCUGGUUACGCUGGCACGCCGUUGCCGACGCCGCUUGGUCACCGUUGGCAGCGGCCACUCGCCUUCCGAUCUGACAUGCACGUCUGCUUGGCUUGUCAAUCUCGAUAAUUUCAACCGGGUGCUGGAGGUAUCUCAGGAAACACGAGUUGUGACCGUCGAGGCUGGUAUUCGGCUGAAGAACUUGGGUGAUGAGUUGGAAAAAUAUGGCCUGGCACUGUCCAACAUGGGCAGUAUUGACAGCCAGUCAAUUGCAGGCGUCAUUGCGACAGGCACUCAUGGCAGUUCCUUACAGCAUGGCCUUCUCUCUGAGUGUAUUGUAUCGCUCACCCUGAUGCUGGCCAAUGGACAACUGGUCCGUUGCAGCGCGACCAACAACCAAACUCUAUUCCGGGCGGCUCUGAUCUCCCUCGGAGCGUUGGGCAUAAUUGUCGAGGUGACCUUCCAAGCGAAACCCAUGUUCAAUAUCGCCUGGAAACAGUCCAGGCGUGCGUUGAAUAGUGUGCUGGCUGAAUGGUCGUCUGGACUUUGGACUUCGCAUGAAUUCGUUCGCGUCUGGUGGAUGCCAUAUGAAAAGAGUGCGGUUGUCUGGCAUGCGGAUAAAUCGGAUUUGCCACUGCGUGCUCCCCCGAAGACAUUCUAUGGGGAGACGGUUGGAUAUCACAUCUACCAUAACUUGCUGGCACUUGCCAACUACUUCCCCCGGAUAACACCCUGGGUGGAGUGGCUUGUCUUUGGUCUGCAAUUUGGAUUUAGGACGGAAAAGACAGUUACGGAGGCGGUCGAGCCUUCGCGUGCCGGUCUCUUGUUGAACUGCUUGUAUUCGCAAUUCGUCAACGAGUGGGCACUGCCUUUGGAAAAGGGCCCAGAGACUAUCAUCCGUCUUUCGGCCUGGCUUCAUGGAGACCUCCAAACAGCGCGUAUCCCCUUUCCUUCUGAGGGCUUGUGGAUACAUUGUCCCGUUGAAGUCAGAGUCUCGGAUUCUACGCACAACAAGAAUCCCCGUCCUUUCCUCGACCCUACCCGACCCGAUGGGCCAACCCUGUAUCUCAAUGCGACAUUGUUUCGCCCAUAUCUCCGGGACCCCCCUGGUAAAGCUCGGUUUUACGAGGCAUUUGAGUGGCUCAUGCGGGACAUGGGCGCGAGACCACACUGGGCCAAGAAUUUCACUUCAGGGGGACAAGAGUUGCGGGAAAUGUACGGCGAAGAUUUGGAUGAAUGGCUCAAGGUGCGGCAAGAAGUUGACGUCGAUGGCAUGUUCCUCGGCGAGUGGCAUCACCGUAACCUUCCUCUGACUCCAAACAAUCUCCCGCUUCUGGAACGAGAACAAGAUCGUCACAAGGCAGGGUUUAGCGGAGCCGGUGACGGCAUGGAAUGGGUUGGAGAUAAGCGGUGGCAGAUAGUCUCAGAACGUCAUGUUCCGUCAUUGUCGAGCAUAGCGAAGGAAGAAUUCGAAUCGCAGGAAGGAUCUAGUUUGAGUCCUCCUACAACAGCGGCCAGCGAAGAGAGUUUUGACCUCCUCGCCGCUGGAGAGGCCAGUGUUACCCUCCCGGAUCUCCGUUCAUGA